UGGGUAAGGAAACGGGAAGCUCAACUGCAGGUUUCGUGCGUGAUAAGCCCGAAACUGAGGUGUCUCGAAGACAGAAAUACCUGUAUAUUUCUUACAAAGUAGGCAAGGUAACUUCUCGGGACAGACUCUUAGUCAUAUAUUACUAUUCACCUUUGGUGGUUUUGUCGUUAAUAGGACAAAAUGGGUUGCUGGUUUUCCAAAAAAUCUAAAAGAAAAUCACCCGAAAAAGAACCGACGACGACGGUAGAAGAGAACACGACCAGCAACAACAUUGCCGUCAGCAGCAAUGCAACUGAGGAUCCACCUAAACAAUACAGCUGGGACAAACGUGAAAAGGUUGACCCGAAGGACUUCAUGCUAACGGGGCUGAAGGAUGCCACGGUGGGCCGUCUGCCAGGCAAGCUGAACGGACAGCAGUUUGUCAUUCAGGACUGUGACAACUGUAAGAUCUUCGUGUUGGACCACUCCGCCACCAUCACCAUCGACGACUGCACUAACUGCUGCAUCGUUAUGGGGCCAGUGAAGGGCAGUGUGUUCUUCAGGGACUGUAAGGACAUCAAGUGUGUGGUGGCCUGCCAGCAGUUCAGGACCAGGGACUGUAAGAAGAUGGAGGUGUUCCUGUGUUGCGCCACUCAGCCCAUCAUCGAGGCGUCCACGGGGAUGAAGUUCGGCUGCUUCCAGUACUACUACCCCGAGCUGGCCUUCCACUUCAAGGACGCAGGCCUCAGCAUCUUCAACAACAACUGGAGCAACGUCCAUGACUUCACGCCCGUCUCAGGGGAGACCAACUGGAGCCUGCUGCCUGAGGACACUGUGGUGUUGGACCAUGUUCCAGCCCCUGAUCCGGAGUCAGAGUUUAAAUCAGUCCGGAUCUCAGCUGAGGCAUCCCGCAGCAUCGUACCCAUGACCAAAGGAGGCAGACGCAAGGAGAGUGAUGAGUCCUGUCUGUUUGUGUUCUUCUCUGGGGACUACACCACUGCUAACGCCCGGAAACUCAUUGAUGAGGCCUCUGGGAAAGGGUUUGUGCUGAUCCAGACUAAGGAAGUGUCCAUGCGCCCAGAGGAUGUCAGCAGAGUGUUCCAGAACAAUGCAGAGGGACUCCUGGAGUGGAUCACCAACGGCCCAGUGACAGCUCUGGAGUUGAAUGGGGACGGGGUAGUGGAGGCCUGCAAGAGCAUGGCCAGUGACAUGUUCAGUGGAACCAAGAUGUUUGUUUCAGACAACAGAAAUACUUCCUCUCGAGAUGUGGACAACUUCUUCAACUUCGCUGACAUGCAGAUGGGCUUGUGAUUGAGUCACUGUAUGACAAUCAAAACUACACCACCGAUACACUUUUGUAUGUUGACAUUUUUUAUUGGUAGUAUGACCACUGGAUAUACCGGUAGGUAGGAGAGAGGACAGGUUGAUCAACAUAGUGAAUGUAGGUAGGAGAGAGGACAGGUUGAUCAACAUAGUGAAUGUAGGUAGGAGAGAGGACAGGUUGAUCAACAUAGUGAAUGUAGGUAGGAGAGAGGACAGGUUGAUCAACAUAGUGAAUGUAGGUAGCAGAGA